AUGAACAGGCUAGAAAAAGUCAAUGAGAUCUUUCUCGAGUACAGUCGCAGAAUUGAAGACUUCAAGAGAUAUGCGAGGGAUAUGGUCGGGUACGAAUCGAGGCUAGCCUCCUUCAAGAACUCAGAGUGGCCAUUUCCUGAAGAUGCGAAUUGCCAACCCGAGAAACUCGCGGCGGCGGGAUUUUUCUUCCAUCCCUCCAAAGUCGGAAAGGCGAUCGCCUUCGACUUUAUCACUCUGAGAGAGCUUGAGUGGGAGGAACACGACGAUCCCUGGGAAGAGGCGACGAAGCGCAAAAAGGGACACUACCUUUUGAGCCGACGAUGGUCUCCUGCGGGGAAUAAUUGGGAAGUAAUGAAGAUGAAGGACGAAGAAGUGACUGUAGGGCAGUUCAUGAAGAUCUGCGCGGCUCAGGCCGAGGGAUUGAUUGAGUGGGAAGCGGAAGAACUUUGGGAAUGUCUUGACAAGGGGCAAAAAGUGUGGGAAAACAACUUCGAAGCCGAGGAGAUGCAAAACGUCACUUACGGCAUCCAAGGAGACGAGGAAAUUUUUCGAAAUUGGGAAACUGAGAUGACCAAAAAUUACCACGAGUUGAAGACAAACGGCAAGAAUCUUGCCAAGAUCAACAACAAACGACUCAAGAAAAAUACGAUCGACUUCAAGACUGUGACAUCCGCUGAACGAGAAAAAUGGGCGGCGGCGGUAGAUGAACCCUUCGUGGAGACCUACAUCGCGAUAGUCGGAAGCGAUGCGGAAUUGAAGGAAGAGGAUGAAAACUACGUCCCAAGUCGUCAAUCCAUGCUUUUAUCUGCUCCAGCUAACCUUCCCGGCCGCUCCGGUGCUCCCUCCAUGUCGAAGACUAUUAGUCGAUCACACAUUCAAGCCUAA